AUGCUCCUCCACACGUGUUUGGCGGCUUCGCUCCUGGCGAUCCCGGCCUGCGCUUCAGAGUCGGCUUGCCGUUGCUUCCCAGGCGAUGCCUGUUGGCCAUCUGCGGAUGUUUGGACUCAAUUCAACCAGUCCGUGGAUGGCCAAUUGGUAAAGACUGUUCCUCUUGGUACUCCAUGCCAUGCGCCUCACUACGACGCAAAGGAGUGUGCCAAAUUACAAAGUGGAUGGGAGCUUCCUGACGUGCACUACGAAUCAUCAUCUUCCGUCAUGGCGCCCUUCUUUGCCAAUGGGACAUGCGACCCUUACAACCCCAUCUCCAAGCCGUGCACCUUGGGUAACUAUGUCGUCUACUCUGUCAAUGCCACCGAGCCCCAACAUAUCUCGAAAGCCACGAAGUUUGCCGCGAAGCACAAUAUCCGUUUGGUGGUGAGGAACACAGGUCACGAUUACAAUGGGAAGUCGACGGGCGCAGGGGCCUUAGGAAUCUGGACACACCACCUCAAGAAGCUGAAGAUUUACGACUACAAAGACGAUCAUUAUCGUGGAAAAGCAAUGACCAUGGGUGCCGGCAUUCAGGGAUUUGAGGCGUAUGAGGCGGCCGAUCGCGCAAACCUCCAGGUCGUAGGAGGCGAGUGCCCAACUGUCGGCUUGGCGGGUGGAUAUAGCCAGGGUGGUGGGCACUCUGCGCUUGCUUCGCGCUAUGGACUGGGUGCAGACCAAGUGCUGGAGUGGAAGGUCGUCGAUGGUCAGGGCAAACUGAUCACUGCCACCCGUGACAAUGAGCAUUCCGACCUUUUCUGGGCUCUGAGCGGUGGCGGAGGAGGAACGUACGGUGUUGUCUACGAGAUGACUUCCAAGGCGCAUCCUGGAACCCCAGUUUCCGGCCUGAAGCUCUCCUUCACAAACGCCAACAUCUCCCAAGACACGUUCUAUCACGCAAUCUCGAUUUUCCACACCAGCCUUCCAGCGCUCGUGGACGCAGGCGCUAUGAGCAUCUGGUACUAUACCAACACGAGCUUUGCUAUUUCUCCUUUGACCGGUCCCAAUAUCCCCAAAGAUGAGCUGGUAUCCCUGCUCAAGCCGUUCUUGAGAGGAUUGAAAAAGCUCGGUAUCCAAUAUACCAUGUCAUCCGCGCAAUACGACACAUACUACAGCGAGUUCAAGGGCGAACAAGGCGCGAUCGGAGUCGGCGAGGCCCAGUACGGCGGUUGGCUGAUCCCCCGAUCUGUUGUCGAAAACAACAACAAAGGUCUGACCCAGGCCUACCGUGAGAUCACCGAGAAUGGAGGUACCUUCAUUGGUGUGGGCUUGAAUGUGUCUCGCGAAGUGACCGGUGAUGUCUACAACUCGGUUCUUCCUGCCUGGAGAGAAGCCAUCAUCGCCACUACCCUGACAACGCCGUGGAAAUGGGGCAUCCAGAACGAGGAGGAGAUGAUUACCCUACAGCGCAAGAUGACCGACGUGUUCAUUCCGAAGCUCGAGGCUGUUGCGCCGCACUCAGGAGCCUAUAUGAACGAGGCUGACUUUCGCCAGCCAAAUUGGCAAAAAGCUUUCUACGGUCGCAACUAUCAUGCUUUGCGCCGUAUCAAGGCCAAGUAUGACCCGGCAGAUAUCUUCUACGGAAAAACCGCUGUCGGAUCCGACGAAUGGGCCGAGCGCCAGGAUGGCCGACUCUGCCGUCUCGAGUCAGGCGGAGGGAUGCCUCACACAAAAGCCAAUCAUCCUGAGCUACCAGAGAUGAUCGUGGACGGCAUUGGGGUAGGCACGAAGUAUCUGAUCGUGAUAUUUGAGAUCGAACGGAAACCGUCCCAGGAUAGAUCACAUGACAUCGUCACCGUGAUCCCCUCGUAG